GUUUGGGAGAUUCAGAAUAUACGUACUUCUGUAAUGGAGGGAAAGUCAUUGAUAAACGACUUCAGGAGCUUGGAGCUCAACAUUUCUAUGACACCGGACAUGCAGAUGACUGUGUAGGCUUAGAACUUGUGGUUGAGCCAUGGAUUGCUGGACUCUGGGCUGCCCUCACAAAGCAUUUUAAGUCAAGUAGAGGACAAGUGGAGAUCAGUGGAACUCUUCAAAGGGCAUCGAAUACCUCCUUGAGGACUCAUCCUGUAAAGCCAGAGUUUUUACACAUUGAAUCACAAGUGGAGCUUCUGAAAUUAGAUGAUUCAGGAAGGAAGGAUUCUGAGGUUUUGGAACAAAAUGAAACAAACAGGAGUCUUUCAAGUGCUCUGAUAGAAGACUUUGAAUCCUCACUUGUCCGUUCAGUACCCCCACUUUCACAAGCCUCUUUAAGUAUUCCUGUGUUACCCCCAGAAUAUUUGCAGGUGCAUCUGCGGGAGUCUCUUGACCAGGAGGAAAGCCAAGUAUCUAUGACGUCAGUGGGUCCAAUUUUUCAAGUUCCAGUUUCAAAAGCAGUUCAACUUACUACCAAUGAUGCCAUAAAAACCACUCUCCUGCUAGAAUUGGACAUUUCAGAAACUUCUUUUUCUUAUCAGCCUGGAGAUGCUUUCAGUGUGCUCUGUCCAAACAGUGAUUUCGAGGUGCAGAGCCUACUCCAAAGACUGCAGCUUGCUGAUAAGCAAGAGCACCUGGUCCUUGUGAAAAUCAAGGCACACACAAAGAAGAAAGGAGCUGCCUUACCCCAGCACAUCCCCGAGAGGUGUUCUCUCCGCUUCAUUCUUACCUGGUGUCUUGAAAUACGAGCAGUUCCUAAAAAGGCAUUUCUGCGAGCCCUUGUGGAAUGUACCAGCGAUGGUGCUGAGAAGCGGAGACUGCAAGAACUAUGCAGCAAACAAGGAGCUGCAGAUUACAACUGUUUCAUACGAGAUGCCUGUGCCUGCUUAUUGGACCUCCUCCUGGCUUUCCCAUCCUGUCAGCCACCACUCAGUCUCUUGCUUGAACAUCUUCCUAAACUCCAGCCUAGACUAUAUUCAUGUGCAAGUUCAAGUUUACUUUAUCCAGACAAGCUUCACUUUGUUUUUAACAUUGUGGAGUUUUCAUCUGACACAUCAGCGGUGGUUCUGCGGAGGGGUGUUUGCACAGGCUGGCUGGCCAAGUUAGUGGCCCCAAUUCUUCAGCCAAACACACAAGCAUCCCAUGCAGACAGCGGAAAAUACCUGGCUCCAAAGAUAUCCAUCUCUCCUCGAGCAACAAAUUCUUUCCACUUACCAAAUGACCCAUCGGCACCCAUCAUAAUGGUGGGUCCAGGAACUGGCAUAGCUCCCUUCAUUGGUUUCCUGCAACACAGAGAGAAACUCCAAGAACAACACCCAGCUGGGAAUUUUGGAGCAAUGUGGUUGUUUUUCGGCUGCAGACAUAAGGACAGGGAUUAUUUAUUCAGAGAGGAGCUCAGGCAUUUCCUGAAGCGUGGGACCUUGACUCACCUGAAAGUCUCCUUCUCCAGAGAUGCUCCUUCAGAGGAGGAGGACGUUCCAGCAAAAUAUGUGCAAGACAACCUCAAGGUCCACGGCCAGCAGGUGGCCAGGGUCCUCCUUCAGGAGAACGGCUGCAUCUAUGUGUGUGGAAUUAAAAAAACAAGCGGACUUUGGCAACAAACUUGAUGUUUUAAACUCUUAACAGAUUUUGACUCUCAGUUGAAAAACACUACAGAAAUUGUGGACAUUGUGUUGAUUUACGUUUUCAUUUAGCUUUUUGUGAAGUAAUUGACCUUCACUUUGUGUAUGGGGCAGGUGCCAACAGUGCUCAAACACAGGCUGAAGUUUUAAACGUACUGCUAAGAAGCAGAAACAGUUCAUUAUACCAAUGUGCAAAACUGGUAAUUGAGAACUCAGUGUCAUUCAUGUCCAAACUCUUGAAAUAUGUCCCCACAAAUAGCUCAUCCCCAUCACUGGCUGGUCACUAUAUGCCUAUAAAAUGGACUUGAAAACAUUCAUGGUAGUGUUCAGAAAGAAGGGUUCAGAGUGAACCCUAUAUAACUUACCACUGACAAGUGGAUCAGGGACACAGGAGCAUUGGAGACUGAGGGGACUCAGCCACUGAGGAAGGAUCAAACUUGUUCCCAAGCCCAGGACACCCUUCCCAGGGAGAAGGCACAUGCUGCAUAUGGGUCAGGUGAGAUGACAGGUGGGAGCUAUUGAUUUGACAGCAUGGUGGCCAGUGGUGGAUAGGGCCGCGGGGAUAGCAGUUCUGGAGUGAGUGGCCACUGUUCUAGCGUUGAGCAAUUAUGGGGAGAGAUCACAUAUACUCCCUGCCUUCAGUCAGCCUUCCCUGAUGGGACAGUCCAGAAGCAAUGUUUGACCUAAGUGCUCCAUAAGGGACAGAGGGCUUGCAGGGGCUAGAACUAUGACCCAUGACAGUCCUUUGAGAAAUCCUCAGUGAAAGUGUCUGUUGCUGAAAGUGGAUCUGAAGGCUUUGGGGUAAAAAGAGCUGAGAGAGGAGGGAAGUGGCUGGGUGAGGUGAGCCCUUGACCUUACACAUGGUAAAGCUUCAGUUUCUCAGAAUGUAGAAGCCUGUGGCAGGUUUUAAGCUGCGAAACCCAGUGCUCAGCUCUGUAUUUUCACAUGUCACCUUGGGUGAAGGCCUGGCCUGGGAUGAGUGAGGCUGGGAGACAUGUGGGUAGGAAAACAAGGGAAGAACUAAGAUGGAGGAGUCACAGGCACCAAAAUAUGUGGACUAGGACUUGGUAAAAAUUCCUGUUUAUAAAGGAUGCCAUCGUCUUCUCUUCUAGAGAUGCUAAGAACAUGGCCAAGAAUGUAAACGAAGCCCUUGUGGAAAUAAUAAGUAAGGAGGUUGGAGUGGACAAACUAGAAGCAAUGAAAACACUGGCCACU